ACUUCCUUCAGCCAAGCAGCGGCUCCUUCUGUUGGUGUACUUGGAGAAUAAAAGAGGCUAACUGUAACUUGCGUCUUUGAAGCCAGGCAACUUUGACAGCGUGUGAGCUCGGCGAUAAUAAAGUGCGAAGUGACUCACUAAAUCUGGUUCAAGAGAAAAAAAGGCGCAAGAGUUUCUCAGGUUGAGGUGCGUCUGAAGAUAUGGCCAAGGUACAAGUGUUAAAUGUUGCUGUGUUGGAUAACCCCAGCCCGUUUGGAAACCCGUUUCAGUUCGAAAUAACGUUUGAAUGCAUGGAGGACUUGCCGGAAGACCUGGAAUGGAAGAUCAUUUAUGUGGGUUCAGCUGAGAGCGAGGAGUAUGACCAGGUUUUGGACUCUGUUUUAGUGGGCCCUGUACCAGCUGGCAGACACAUGUUUGUGUUUCAGGCUGACGCUCCUAACACAGGGCUGAUUCCAGAAAGCGAUGCUGUAGGAGUGACCGUAGUCCUUAUAACCUGCACUUACCGUGGACAGGAGUUCAUCCGCAUCGGUUACUAUGUCAACAAUGAAUACACGGACCCUGAACUGCGAGAAAACCCACCUCUCAAACCAGAUUACUCUCAGCUCCAGAGGAAUAUUUUGGCCUCGAAUCCUCGUGUCACCCGUUUUCAUAUCAACUGGGAGGGCUUGGCAGACAAGAUGGAAGACAGUGAGAAUGUUGACCCGUCCCCCAACAUCAGUGGCAUGCUCCCUCCAUCCUGUAUACCAGGAAAGAUGCCACAUCUAGGAGUGAUGCCAGAUAACUCCAUGGACUGCAUGUAAGAGGCAUCAGAUUAAUGCAAUGGAUAAGGAGCCCUUCUUAUCUAUACACACCCACAUUGCAAACACAUUUAUACAAGGAGGCCAUGGAUGUUUCUGUAUAACAUGUGGACUUUAACAGAAAGCACAGGACACCACAGCAUAGACAUUAUCUUUUUAUGAAGCACUCAAAAAUGGGAUUGGUCUGGAAUGGUUACCACCUUUGGUUCAUCCUCUUUACGCACUUCCUUUCAACACACACACACACACACACAGGUGUGCACAGUCAGAUUUGCCUUAAUUUAUUGUAUUUCUGUAUAAGAUUAUAUUUCAUGCCUGGUUGAAAGAAGUGCAGAUCAUCAGUGCUGGGCCGGGUCGCUUCAACAGACCUGAAAGGUGUGGGGAAAAACUCAAGAUUCUGAUACCCAUGCUGUUCAUUUUGGCCUUUUCUGCACAGAUCAACUAGUGCUAUGCGAUGGGAAGGAUAUAGCACCUAGCUGCUUGUAGUAGAGCACUUCAUUCUUUGUAAGAUUUGUCUCUUGUGACACUUACUGGGGGGAGGGAAUUGGGUUUAAAUUAUGGGCCAUGUUUAUGAUAUUGUGGCAUCAAGUGGCUUUAUUCACAUUAACAUGUUUUGCCCCAGGGUUAUCUAGAUUACUCGGUAAACCUGCUUCUGUGAAUAGGCAACAGUUCACCUACUGUUACAUAAAAUGCCUAUAUGAGCAAAACAUGUAGGUAAUGAUGGAUGCCAAAUUGCAUUGUGUGUGUGUGUGUGUGUGUGUGUGUGUGGAUGAUUUAGGCUUACUGUAAAUAAUGUUUUCCCUGUUCUUAUUUUGUCUUCAAAACAAGAAGGCAUGUUUUCAUUUUGUACUUACUAUAUAUUCUCAGCUUCAGUAUUUGUAACAACAUUUGAUGGGGUUAAUAAAGUUUGUUUUUUUUGUUGA